GGAUAGAUCCGGAAUUGCUUCCUUCGGCGUCAGCAGAUAACGGAUGCUCUGGCGUACUGCCGUGCUCUUAUUCGCUUAUAUCUCGACAGUCAUGGCGUGGCUCUGUACUGGAAAAACAAACGCAGAACUCAUUGCCAACAUGGCCAGGAGUUCAAUUAUUCACGCAGAUCGGGUUGAAAGGGCUAUGUGCAAGGUUGACCGAGCUAACUACGUUAUUGACAAGGAAGAUGCUUACCAAGAUUCCCCUCAAGUCAUUGGCCAUGGAGCUACUAUUAGCGCCCCCCACAUGCAUGCUUACGCUACCGAGCAUCUACUUCCGUACCUUCAUCCUGGCGCGCGCGUGCUAGACGUCGGAAGCGGAUCCUGGUUACUUGGCGGCUGUCUUCCACCAUCUGGACAAGUCGUUGGGAUUGAACACAUCCCGGAGCUUGUAGAUUGGUCGGCGGAGAACCUACGCAAGGACGGCUUGGCAGAAGCCUUGGACAAGGAGGAAAUCGAGUUAGUAGUUGGAGACGGAAGACUGGGAUACGAACAGGGUGGACCGUAUGACGCGAUUCACGUUGGCGCCGCAGCUCCAACCCUUCCAGCCAAACUCGUCGAACAACUGGCUUCUCCUGGACGGAUGUUCAUUCCCGUGGGCACCUUCGCACAGCAUAUCUUGCAUGUCGACAAGGAUGUGAACGGAGAGGUCACGGAAACUCGAAUCAUGGACGUUCGGUAUGUUCCGUUGACCGAUCGCGCGUCCCAGAGAUGAUGAUCAUAUUGGAUUCUCGAAUCGCCUCGUCUUUCCGGAAGAUCGAAUCGUGUAUUGUAAUAGUAUAGCUGGUGAUGUCGAUGAUUUCAUAUCUUUUGUAUUAGUAUCGAACAAGAAAUGUCUUUGACGAGCUCUGCCUAACUUCAUGUCGUCACGGCCGAAGUGCUGAUGGAAUGGCGCUACCAGCAAAAUAAGUGGUGUUUUGCGUUUCAUUCAC